UUGGCGGACCUUGGCGAAGGACCAACUACUUGAAAAUUGUAGGAAAUUUCUCUUUCUUGAAAUUCAUAAAAUCGCAGAUAUGGCCUGGAGAAGCGAGAUACUUAACGGGGUGAUGGCUGUGAGGUACGCAGGGGCUACUCCAGGCUACAUCAUCGUCUACGGGGACAGCUCGGACGCCAUCCUCACCAGUGACACCGGAGAAACCCUGAUAGCAGCCGGAGAACUAGGCCGAGGACGAGUGGUGGUUUUCUCCCAUGAAGUGUUCGUCAAGAGCUACACCCGAAAUGACUUGAUGAGGAACAAUAGUACGCUGUUGGAGAACGUUAGGAGUUGGGUGAACGGAGGGCGAAACUCGGUGAUAGUCGAUGUGAACAGGAUGCAAGACCUGGAAAGUAUCCCACAAAAUGGAUUCCUGGUGUGGGCUGGCGGGAACAAGAAUACGAGUACGGCCAUGAUGCAACAGAUGUUGGACUACGUCCGGGACGGCGGGAGCCUCGUCUGCGGAGUCUGUCCCUGGGGUUACGCCCAAGUGAAUCACAUCACUGUGGAAGAAAUGCCUAUCAACUUCAUCUUGAAAGAGUUAGGGAUGUGCUACGCAACCUAUGACGAGUACUUCAGUGCACCUGACCAGAUCAUGGUUCGCGACAACUGCGCUGAUGUUGCCAGGUUUGACCGGGCGCUCGACCUGCUGAAGCGUGGCGGCGAUUUGAGCAAAGUCAAGAAGGUUUUGCGAAAUGUCGGGAGCAUUCCCCUGGAGGCGUAUCCAGAUAUCAAGCCAGAAAUUGAAGCUUUGGGGCGUAGCUAUCCUUCGAUUCCACCAACAAGUGAUAAACCUGCUAGAAGUGAGGAGGAAAAGCUUGUAGCGACGUUGAUGUGCCAAGUCAUGAUAAAGGAGGGCAUGGCUGGUCAUGUAGUGGUUGCAGAUGGCGUCAACGAACUACCCGGCACCUUCGAAAACCAACCAAGAUUGGAAACAGUCAGAGUGACCAUCGAGGGAAAAGAGAAGCAGUGCGUGCCAACCGGGUGCUACCUGCCUGCGGGAACGGAAUUGACCUUGUCUUGGAAUGUGUUGAGCGGUGCGUCUAGUGGCUGGUCCGUCGUCGUCGGGGCACACACGGAUGAGCUCUACAAUGUCGCAGACCCAUUGCGGAGAUGGCCCAAGGUCAGCAUGAAGAAGGCCUUGAACGGUGGUUUCGUGAAGCUUUGCAACCCAUUUGGCGGACAGGUUUAUCUCCAGAGUCCUGAGAGGCAGGGUAAACUUAGAGUGAGCUUGGACAACGUCGUACCUUCACCGAGGUUCACCUACGAAACUGCCAAAGACUGGGAGAGCGUAGAAGCAAAGAAACCAGGGCUAUGGUGCGAUAUCUCCGGAGACCUGAUCACCUUUACGUUGCCUUCCAAGUCAGUUCGUCACCUGAAGGACUUGGGAGCGAGUAUGAGGCAUUGGGACGAUGUCGUGAGGUCGCAUAUAGACCUCCGUGGGAUUGACCCGUCUCGAGGCCGUGGCCAGUGGGUGGUGACCGACGAGCAGCCUAGUGUCGGGUACAUGCAUUCUGGAUACCCCAUCGUCACCCAUCUUGAUGUGGCAGAUCCAAAUCGCAGAGGUUCGGACCCGUUUCUCUUGUUCGGCGAUAGCAUCCCAAACCCGACUGCAGGAGGCUUCUGGGGGAUGUUCCAUGAACUUGGCCACAACUUUCAAGACCCGUCGUGGACCUGGAGUGGCACUGGUGAGGUCACAGUCAACAUCUUCACCAUGCACGCUUUCGAUGCCAUGAGCACCAGGAAACCGUGGGAGCACGACUUUGUGAAAAGAGAAAUGCAAAAGGCGAAAAGGUAUCUCGAUGGCGGCGCAGAUUACGAGAAAUGGAAAAAGGACGCCUUUCUAGCCCUGUACAUCUAUGCACAACAAGCGAGGGACUUCGGCUGGGAUGCCUUUAAGAGGGUCUUCAAAGAGUACGAGGCGCUCCCGGAUAGUGCCAAGCCGAAGAGCGAGGAGGACAAGAUAACGGAAUGGAUGAAGCGGUUCUCGCUCACUACCGGGAGGAACCAGUGUCCGGCGUUUGAGUUCUGGGGCUUCCCUCAUACCGACGAAGCGGUGAAGUCUGUGAAGCAACUUCCGCCGUACCUUCCCUCGGAUGAGAUAACCAAGGAUAUGUCACCGCAGAGGGCGAAGGACAUUACGAUGAAAUACAUGACCAUGUAGAAGAGCUGUCGUCACAGCGAGAACGGCAAGGUCAAGUCUGUCGUGUUCUCUUGGGGACUUUAAGUCAAUGAGCAAUCGGAUCGGUUUGAUGAAACAUUCCUAUAUACCAAUCGAUAUUAAUAGAGCUACGACUCUCAAAUCUAGUUGAGAGGGGCUAUGGGUAAUGGUGUAUACUUUAAUCAUGAUAGUGGUAGUUUCUUGGCGGCAAAUUUGUCAUGCCAAAGAUGAAAAUAUGUUAUAAGUCCAAAUAUUUUUUCACUUGUUUUUUUUCUACUCAAAAUGGAGAAACAUCAUCAGCCCCCAAAAAAUGUUUGGCUUUGAAAAUUGUUCAGAAUUUUGAACUUAUGAAAAUUUUCAACUCUGCAAGAUGAAAAAAUGUCUAAGUCCAUAUAUUUUUUUCACUUGUUUUUUUUCUGCUCAAAAUGAAGAAACAUCAUCAGCCCAAAACAUUUCUGGCUUCGAAAAUUUUUCAGAAUUUUGAACUUAUGAUUUUUGAAACAUCAUCAGUUCAAACUCUUCAAAAAUUAACCUCGAGCACUCGGCUCUCUUUCGUGUCAGCAGCAUCCACACUGCUGGUGUUCUAAUAUCAACUUUACGUCCUCCCCGAUCGUUGUUGAUAUCACAUCUUUCAAACUUGUUUUUCCGCCUCAAUCAACCUGUUUUUGAAAACAAUCUUCGUGAGCCCAAGGAGGAUUCCGCGGUGACGUCACGGCUUUUCCAAGAUGGUGCUGCAGAUUGUAAACAAAGUCGAUCCACGGCCAAGGGAAAAUCAAGUGAUCAAAUAAAGUUAGAUU